AUGACAAUCUCUGUGACCGUCACUGAUGUGGACUGUAAAUUACCGGGGAAAUUCGAAAUUGAUGCGAAGACACCGGCAAAACCAGCAAAGACCAAGAAGAUAUCAACAACCUUUGCACUUAUUAAUCUAAUAAAAGGAAUGGUUGGCCCUGGAUGUUUUAAUCUUCCGAUGGCCUUCAAACAAGCGGGUCUUUGGACUGCCUUCGGUAUUGAUUUUCUGUUCGGCAUCGUCUCCAUUAUUUGUAUGGUGAAACUCGUCGUAAGUGCACAGUACUUGUGCAAAAGGAAUGGAUGCGGAACCUUGGAUUACGGACAGCUGGCGCAGGAAGCAUUUGCCACCAGCUGGAAACCACUUGCAAGGUUUAAAUAUGCGGCGAGAUGGUUCGUUAAUUGCUGUCUAAUCUUUCUUCAACUCGGCAUCUGCAGUGUUUUUUAUAUUUUCGUCGUCGAACAUGCUAAAGAGAUCGUUGAUCUUAUUUGGCCUGAAAAUGAUCUCACAUGUGACAACUACUUCCUAUUUGCACUGCCAGCAUUUCUAUUAAUAUCGUUGGUCCGAAGUAUACAUAUAUUAUCGUAUAUUGCUCUACUCGGAAAUAUUCUUAUGACAGCAUGCUUAUCUAUCAUUCUAUACGAAUUAGUAAGCGCUCAUCAUAUUCCCACUAAGAAUUUGCCAGCAAUCACCACCUUUGACGGGGUGGUCGUCUCAGCUGGAUCAAUACUCUACGCUCUCGAAGGUCAGGCAAUGGUGCUACCGUUGGAAAAUAAAAUGAAGCAUCCGGGAGAUAUGAAAGGCUUCAAUGGCGUGCUAUCCACAGGUGUCGCGUUGGUGACUUUGAUGUAUGCCGGUUGCGGCUUUUUUGGAUAUAUCACCUAUGGGGAUGCAGUGAAAGGAAGCAUAACGUUGAAUUUGUCGGAUUCACCGAUAAAUAUAUCAGUAAAAGCCAUGCUCCUCUCUGUGGUCUACUCUGGUUUUCUUAUCCAGCAAUAUCCGCUAGUGCAGAUGCUUUGGCCACUUGCCAAACAACCGCUACGUCGCAAUGAAGUGAAAAGAUCGUAUAUCAUUGGGUUAGAGUGUCUCUUCCGCUCCUCUAUAGUAUUUAUUGCUUUGGGCCUCUCCUGGUUGGUCCCAAAUCUCGAACAAAUCAUGUCACUUGUUGGGGUUACCUCUGGAAUGAUGUUGGCUUUAGUGCUGCCAUCCUUAAUUGAAACUGUCGUCUUCUUCAGCGAAUGCCGGAAGAAUCAUCCAAAUUGGAAAUUUUGUAUACUUAUUGGCUUGAAUUUUUUCUAUAUCACAUUAGGUUUGUUUUUUGUUGUCACAGGCCUCCAAGCGAACAUCUUAGAUUUGAUGCAUGGAGACUCAAGUUAG